UUCAGUGAAGCCAAUCUCAAAUAGCUUUGACACCAAAAUACAGCGGUUAUAAAGUUGUUUUAAGCGCUAGCAAGUUUAGAAGUUUCAGAUGGAGUUAUUCUACAAUUCAUAAUCAUAGCAAAUAUAAUCCAGAGCUGAAUUCAAUUGAUAUCCUAGAUCUAAGAAAUGAAAUAUGGGUAUAAUUUGAUUGAAUUGCUAUCUAAUCAAAUGUAAGAAAAGGAACUGAGUUAAACGAAUGGUUAACUUAAUCAUACAUAUUUGAAAUCUUGCUGCGUAUUACGCAGGACUCAGUGUUAUAACUUAAAACGGACAUAUAUCAAAACUAGCUGCGUAUUACACUGGACUACGUGUUAUAACUUAAAACGGACAUACAACAAAACUAGCUGCGUAUUACGCUGGACUACGUGUUAUAACUUAAAACGGACAUACAACAAAACUAGCUGCGUAUUACGCUGGACUACGUGUUAUAACUUGAAAGGGGACAUACAACAAAACUAGCUGCGUAUUACGCAGUUCGUACUACGCAACACUGGAGGUUCUUAAAGGAUUACGGAAACUAACGACGCGAUUUAAAUCAUCGCCGGAAAGGGAACCGGUGAUUGAUAAUGAGACAAAAACGGAAUGGAUCGUGUAUUCCCGUAAACGCAUGGACUCAAGCCCCGGAUCACCCGUGCUUGAAAAUUGUGAGGAAAAGUUUUGGGUUCCGCCGGCGGUGUUAGAUAGAAAACGUGCUCAGAGUCUUGUGCCGACGACAGAAAGUAAUGGGGACGAAGAGGGUAGUUCCGGUACAACUACGCCAGCGUCCCUCGGCGGCCUCAAGGACCGCGAGUUUACGUAUGCUUUCCAGUCGACGCCCUUAAUCACCUCAAUAUCCUCCGGGUUAGAGGAUAUUCCGUCUCCACUUCCGACAAAUAACCGCCAUCGUAGGGCCUCCAUGCAGGAUGCCAUUGACUUUAGGAAAAUUGAUUCAAAACUUUACGAUAGGAGGGCUCUACGACGACAGCGAUCUGUUGCAAGUAUUGAAGAAGACCCGCUAGGUAGUAUUCACUUUAGCGUUGACUUUAAUCAAGAAACUUCUCUCCUCACUGUAUAUAUCAUCGAAGCUGAAAACCUCACCGCAAGGGAGUUUAGUGGAACAGCUGACCCAUAUUGCAAGGUCAGACUACUCCCCGACCGGCGAACACAACUUCAGAGCAAAAUACACCGAAAAACUACGGAUCCGAUAUUCGAUGAGGAGUUCAUAUUCGAAAUUGAGCCUGACAUCCUACGGACAAUGACAUUGGAGUUGCUUAUCUACGAUUAUGAUCAGUUUUCGCGACACGAAUGCAUUGGGCAAGUCAAACUAACGCUUGAUAGUAUCGAUAUAUCUACACGACAGACCUACUGGAAACCACUGGUGAAAAGAGACCAGAAAUGUAACGAAGAUAAUGGUGACAUCAUAUUCUCCCUGGGUUACCUGUCAAGCGCAGAACGGCUUACGGUUGUUGUGAUGAAAGCAAGGAAUUUACGACACAUAGAGGAAGGAAAAAUAACAAUGGAUCCCUACGUCAAGAUAUUGCUCAACCCUGGCCCGGGCAAGAAACAGAAAAAGAAGAAAACAUCAACUAAACACAAUGUCAUGAAUCCAGUAUGGAACGAAGCUUUAACCUUCAGCCUUCCCAAUGAAUGUCUUCAGAACGUUUCCAUGGAGUUCCUUGUUUGCCACGAUAACAAAAUUGGAAACGACGAGAUUCUCGGACGAUCGAUAAUCUCGCGAGAUUCUAGUGGAGACGAGAGAAUUCACUGGGACGAAAUGGUUAACUGUAGAAGUGCAGUGGCGAGAUGGCAUAGCUUGCAUUUGUAAGGCGAUAGUUUAAUUAGCAAUGCGCGUGUGUAGCAUUGCUUUUUAAACGGAAUGAAUGCAUUACGGAAUAUGAUAAUACCAUUCUCAGUUUCAAAGGAUGUCAAAUAUCAAACGAAAUAAAAAUGUACACACCUUUUAACAAUUGCGAAUACUAUUGUUUAUAGUUUUUGCCAUAUAUUUAAAUUUGAAACGGAGCACAAAUGUGACGCACUUCAGUAACUAUUUGAAGGAAACCGAAAUAAUGAAAAAAAAGUUCCAGCGUGUUCUUGUAAUGUAAUGCUAUCAACAACUCGGUUAAACUUUUAACCAAACAGUUGAAGUUGAUCACCUUAUUAAGCGAAAUGAUGACACUUUAAACAUGUUGUAUACUUUUGUUAUCAUUUGUUGUAUCGCAAAUAUUUGCAAAAGAUCAUAAAGCGAUAACAAAGCUUUAUCCGUAGGUUAAGUCGUUCGGAAUUGUGUUUAGGGCUUGCUUCAUGUGAUUAAGGACGAUUUCUUUCUUGUGAUACAUGACCACUGUAUACGAAUAGAGCACAUACAUAAGCAUGCAAGCUAUUAAUGCUGAAAAAUAAUAUCAUUGGUUACCAAAAAAAAAAAAAAAAAAAAAAUGAUAAAAAAAAAAUAAAGGAUGUAAACCCAGAAACUCCAAAAUCAGAAUGUAAGCAAACUGUUCAUACCAAAUAUAAUAUUAUUCAUGCCAAAUAACAAACAAGGCCAUGCUAAGAAAACACCUUUCUACAAAGCUUAUUCCAGUUCGUAAAUAUCAAGCAUAAAUUCAUUAAUGCUGUACAAAGACCUAUUUUUGUGCUCCCCUUCUUACCCUAUUAAGGAUGUACUAUAUUUUCACAAACCUUUAAAGUCUGCUGAACACACUGAAAUGAGAAUCGGGGGCUUUAAAAUUUCCCCGUACAAAAAGUAUAGUAAACUACAUGAGUCUGCGAGACGACACAAGUCAUUUUAAUGUAAACAUUGUCAUAUUUUAUGGACUAAUAUCAAUAUCCUAUCGUAAAUCUUGUUUGUUCAUUGACCAUUCUACCAAAUACAUUUAAAGCGCAAAAUAUGAUUCAUAUUUUGAAUGUAUUACGAUUUAUUGUGCUCAGAUUUCUACAGUCCAUCAACUACCAUUUUCUGCAUGGCUUCAUAGAAUAUUCACCUGGUAACGAUGAAAUUCAAAACAAAUUGAAUAGACAGACAAACUACAAGUAAGAAAGACUUCGCUAUUUCCUUCGUUGACCAAUGACAAUUUUUGCCAUAAACAUUCUGGUGAAUGGUAUCUGGCUCUUGCAUUUUAUGGCAUGUCCAUUUCCAGGGUAAUAACAUCUUUAUUGCAUUUGUAACAAUGUCAUUGAUGAAUUAUAUACUUGUUAGCUGAACUAUAACGCUAGUAUUGACAACAAACAAUCAAUACGUUGUCGGGAGCUCAGAGAAUGACAAUGGUCAGAUGAUUGUUUCCAAAAUCCAGUUCAAUUAUUUCCAACAAAUGGAAUGCACUAUACUGUACAUUUUCAAAACUAUCUUGAAAGUUAUAGCUGUUUAUUUUUGGAUAAUUCAUACUACAUUUAAAUUUUAUCAACAUUGAUAUUAAAAGCGUUUGUUCAUUAAAUACACAAUGUGUUUGGUUCGAUAUACAUGCAUACACUUUAUGUUCAUAUGAUUCCUAUGUUAAUGUAUUUGAUUAAUUGUAAAAUUUGAUUUUGAAUAACAUGUGUAUGCUUACAAACUAUUGUAGAGCAAAACAUAUGCGCUAACAAUUUGACGUGUGGGCUACCUUUUGUGUGCUUCGUGUUAUAGAAAUAAUGUCUGGAAUAUACCGACACCAUGUUAAAACACAAUGAUGAAUGGGCUCGUGCAAAGAGACUGACCUUUUACGUAUCGCUUACAGAUUGGCCCAACAUAACUGUUAAGUGUUAUAUGUAUUGUAAUGCAUGAUCAUCCAAUAUGCACAUUGUAAAGAAACAUUGAACAAAAAUUAAGGUAGCAGUGUUAAUGAUAGGCAACAACAAAUUAUUAGCGCAUUUGGGAAUACAUUAAGUAUACAAUUAUGGUUUUGGUGUAUACAACCUUUAUUUACGAAUUGGAACCCCAUGCUAUAUCAAUUAGUAUACUAGCAAAGCCAUUAAAAUGUAUAUCCUUUAGCUUUGCAAAAUGAGGUAUUGCAGAACGUAAUUCUAUAUGAUAAGAAAACAUUGGAUUAAACGUUGGGUAUUGUCAGCAAAAUGACAUACAUGUAUGGUAUUAAUUUAGUAUUUAUAUAUAUUUUGAUAUAUAUCAUUGUUACAAUGUUAAUGUUGAAUGUUAAAAAUGCAUGUUUUUAAUAUAUAUUUAAUAC